AUGAAUGCAGUGAAUGUGGAAAAAUCUUUAUCCACAAAUCCAAACUUAUUCACCACCAGAGACUACACACUAGAGGAAUACAUUAUGAAUAUGGUGAAUGUGGGAAAUCAUUUAGCUACAAAUCCAACCUCAUUGAGCACCAAAGAGUUCACACUAGAGAAAAGCCUUAUAAAUGCAGUGAAUGUGGGAAAUCUUUUACCCAAAGCUCUAGCCUUUUCUGACACCAGAGAGUUCACACUGCAGAAAGGCCAUAUAAUUGCAGCAAAUGCGGGAAAUCCUUUAGAUAAAUCUUUAACCUCAUUCGACAUGGGAAAGCUCACACUGGAGAAAUGCCUUACGAGUGUAGUGAUUGUAGGAAAUCUUUUAGCUGCAAAUAUGAACUCAUUCAACACCAGAGAAUUCACAGUGGAGAAAGGCCUUAUGAGUGCAGCGAAUGUGGGAAGUCCUUUAGACAGUUCUCUAACCUCAUUCGACACCGGCGUGUUCAUACUGGAGAAAGGCCUUAUGGUUGCAGUGUUUGCGGGAGAUCCUUUAGCCGCAAAUUUAUCCUUAUUCAACAUCAGAGAGUUCACACUGGAGAAAGACCUUAUGAGUGCAGUGAAUGUGGAAAAUCCUUUACUCGCAAAUCUGACCUCAUUCAACAUCAGAGGAUUCAUACUGGCACAAGACCUUACAAGGGCAGUGAAUGUGAGAAAUCUUUUAGGCAACGCUCUGGUCUUAUUCAACACCGGAGAGUUCAUUCUGGAGAAAAGCCAUAUGAGUGUGGGGAAUGUGGGAAAUCCUUUAGCCAAAGCUCUAGCCUCAUUCAACACCAGAGAAGUCACACUGGUGAAAGGCCUUAUGAGUGCAAUGAAUGCAGGAAACCCUUUACCCACAAAUCUGACCUCAUUCAACAUCACAGAGUUCACACUGGAGAAAGGCCUUAUGAAUGCUGUGAGUGUAGGAAAUCAUUUAGCCUCAAAUCUAACCUCCUUAGACACAGGAAGAUGCAUACUGGAGAAAACCCUUAGUUGUAUUCUAGGGAUGUUUUAUUUCUUCACUCAUUGUAAAAACACUAAAUGA